AUGACACUAUCUUCCGAAUACCUGAGACGAAAGCCUGCGGCGGACACCUCCGCAGAAGAAGCCCCACCGCCGCCGUAUGAAGCCAAGCCGCCCCGUAGCCCGGCGCCCGGCAGCAGCCAGCCACCACUGGAUCAGCCACCGAAGAGUCCAGCGCCGGCGGGCUCGCAGGUUGCGCGCCAAUUCCCUCCAAUGUUCAACGUCUAUUCGCAAAGCUUCAGUCGGACGUUUAUCCUGGGCGAGCACCAGAAUCAGCCAUUCUACGCAAUGUCAAUCCACAGCGGCCUCAGCAGCUCGCCGCCCAUUGUGCUGCAUUCCGGCCCUACCAACACAUCUCCGCCGCUCGCUUCGGUAGAAUACCACAGCUUCAGUAGCAGAAUGAGCAUCACGCUGCCACCUGCUCCUAAAGGAAGCCCAGGAGGAGGACCAAUCAUCGAAUUGGAGUCAAGAUCCGAUUUCCCGAGCCAGAGCUAUGUCUUUUCCAUGGGUGUCGGUCCCAACUGCGAGAGGGUAGAGCAGUUCCAGUGGCGGACGAGCUCCGGUGAAGCCAUUGCUGUACUCGACGGCCGACACAGAGGCUGGAAGCUGAUCAGGUUGUCACAGACCGUGCCGCCUGACGCGCCUCGUGGUGUCUUCCGAGGAGGCGACGGAAAGGAGGUCGUUGCCGUCUGGACGGACGCCAACAUGAGCAUGUCCAAGGCGGCCAAGUUUGCAUUCAUGGGUAGCGGGCUGACCGGAGAGCUGGGCGAGCGGUGGGCAAUUAUGGCCGCCAUGUCCGGCUUAGCUAUUUUUGAACGGGAGAGAGCGCGGCGGCAACGUAGACAUGCCGCCUAA